AUGCCGCGUUGCCUCAUGGCCAAGAAGUGGAAGGCAGCUCCAGCGGCGGAGCUGGCCGACGAGUCGGAUGAGGAGAUCGACGUGGUUGGUGAGGGGCGCGGCCGGAGCCCCGCGCCAGCCGCCACAGCACCAGGGCCUUCACCCCGUGAUCCUGAGCCUACGCUUCUCUACAACGGUAAGCUCUCGCUUCCUAUUUUUAAGCUUCGCUACAUCCAUAGAACAGCACUUCUGGGCUUACUCCAGGGCAAUAAGUAA